UGAAAUUGCAACUAGCUGGCUUGUAUCGUUUUGAAUUGAUGCGAAUAUAUCGAGUAAGAAGUGUAGUUUUAUGAUCGUGUAGAAAUUUCUCCUAAUUCAACGUUGAAUUUUCUCAAGUUGUCUUUUCGUACGGUGAUAAACAAGUAUUUUUUGAAAAUGAAAGCUAAAGGUUCGGAAAAUUAUGAUCUCGAUGAAGUUGCCGAUGAGAUGUUUUCCGACGGGAUAGGAUCAAUUAACGAAUUGGAUGAUUCCGGAAACACUAAUGUCAUAUUGAUGGAUUCUUCGGCUAUUGAUAAAACUGUGCAUGCAGAUUUCUUCAAUGAUUUCGAAGAUUUAUUCGAUGAUGACGACGAUGAUUAAACAACAUAUGUUAUGUGUACUUCUCUUUAGCAUUACUAUUUUGUACUUCUGGUUAAUAUAAUUUCAUACGGAAAGGUU